AUGGAAACAGCAGCUUCAUCAUGUUCAAUUCUUUAUUCCCUUCGUUUAUCAAGCAAAUACCAUAGCAAACACUACGCUGAAACCCCACUUAGAAACAACAGCAACAACAACAGCAGCAGCAAUAAUCUCUAUCUGGGCCUGCCAUUUUCUUCCACUUUCCCAAGAAACUACAAUUUUCCAGGAAAAUCUUUGCAAAAAAAUCUGUUCACUACAUUUUGCUCAACAUCCAGUUCUGAAAAUCAAAAACCAUCUCCAGAACUUGCUGUUCUUCUGGAAGUCGAUGGGGUACUUAUAGAUGCAUACAGGUUGGGAAAUCGGCAAGCUUUUAAUGUAGCAUUUCGGAAGCUGGGACUUGACUGUGCUAAUUGGACUCAGCCUAUAUAUCAAGACCUUGUAAGAAAGAGUGCUGGUGAUGAGGAGAGGAUGCUGGUUUUGUUUUUUAAUCGGAUUGGUUGGCCCACUUCAUUGCCCACAAGCGAGAAAGGCUCAUUCGUAAAAAGUGUUUUGCGAGAAAAGAAAACUGCUUUGGAUGAGUUUGUGGCUUCAAAUAGUUCACCUUUACGUCCGGGAGUUGAAGAUUUUGUUGAUGAUGCAUUUAAUAAAGGAAUACCUCUGGUCAUCCUAACAGCCUACGGUGAAAGUGAGGAAAAAAUUGCCAGAUCCAUUAUAUACAAGCUUGGGCAUGAAAGAAUUUCGAAGUUACAGAUUAUUGGGAUCGAAGAAGUUGAAAAGAGCUUAUACGGUCAACUUGUUCAAAAUAAGGGAUCUAAGAAUAUUUUAUCCGUUAUAGACAAGCUUGGGCAUGAAAGAAUUUCAAAGUUAAAUAUUAUUGGGAACGAGGAAGUUGAAAAGAGCUUAUAUGGCCAACUUGUUCAAAAUAAAGGACUGCUGUCUGGUUUGAAUGAGGAAGUCGCUAAGGAAGCAAUGAAAGCAGCUUCUGCCCAGAAGCAAAGGAUAGCAGAGGAGGUUGCAUCCAUGCUAAAGUUGAAAGUUGCAAUUGAUUCUAGCUCAUCUGAAAGUCUAGAGAAAACUGUAGCUGCAUUGCGUGCUGGGGCAGAAUAUGCUGCGGUGCCGGUCAACAACUGUGUCCUUAUUGCUGGAAGCCAAUCCGGAGUGGCUGGAGCUGAGCGAAUUGGCAUGCCUUGUGUUGUUCUUCGCAGCAGUUUGACAUCUAGAGCUGAGUUCCCGUCUGCAAAAGCUACAAUGGAUGGGUUUGGAGGUCCGGACUUGACAAUCUCAAAACUACUAGACAAGCGGGAUGCACAUUCGACGUUAGUUCUCGAGUAUAAUACUGAGAAACUUCAACUAGAGGAUUAA